AUGCUUCCGAAGACGAUCGCCAAUCAGCUGCGAAGCGGUCAGGCGGUGCCAGCUGAAGCGUACUCCUCGUGCACCAUUUACUUCAGCGAUAUCGUCGGCUUUACCAACAUCUCAUCCGAUUCAACGCCCUUCCAGGUUGUUGCUCUGCUCAACAAACUCUACAGUGAAUUUGACCAAAUCAUCGAUCGGUAUGAUGUCUAUAAAGUGGAGACCAUUGGAGAUGCAUACAUGGUUGCCUCCGGUGUACCACGAAGGAAUGGACAGCGUCAUGCGGUUUCCAUAACCGACAUGGCCUUGGACUUGGUGGAGGUUUCGCAUUCCUUCGUCAUCCCCCACAUGCCCAACGAGCCUCUCAAGAUCCGAGUGGGUCUUCAUUCAGGACCCGUUUGUGCAGGAGUUGUUGGCUUAAAAAUGCCGCGGUACUGCUUGUUCGGCGACACCGUCAACACCGCGAGCCGAAUGGAAAGCAACGGCGAAGCUUACAAAAUUCACUGCAGUGAUGCUACCCACAGCAUUUUGGACCCUCUUGGCAGUUUCCUUUUUGAAGAAAGAGGCACAAUUGAAGUCAAGGGAAAGGGAACGAUGCGCACGUGGUGGGUAAUAGGGCGCACUCGACCCCCGAUUCCCCCCGACUGCUGUCCCAUUCCGAUCCGAAAGACGAAGAAGGUCAAAGCCCCUCCGCAAAAACGGCCUUCACGUCAAGUCGUGAGAACACCGAGUCCAACCUCGCCUGCACGACCGCCCGCGAAGACGAAUCCAGCAAUUGAAAUCAUCGAGUCCGAAUUAAUGACCGACACGAAGAAAAGCACCACAUUAGACGAAGCACCACUUAUUGACAGUCCGAAAAAGAAGUCUGCGUUAACGUUAGCCCCACCUCCAGUUCCACAACUGUAG